AUGGCAACAUUCGGAUUACAUCGUUUCAAACGUAUAAUUGGUGGACAAUCUGUCCCACGCGGUACGUACCCAUGGGCAGCAUCAAUUCAAGCUAAACGACAUACAUCAUGGUCAACAUUAGUUACAGGAUCCGAACAGCAUUACUGUGGUGCAGCUUUAAUUAAACCUGAUUGGGUAAUUACAGCAGCGCAUUGUUUAUACGACAGUGGAGAAGAUGAUGAAAUUAUCAGCUAUCUACAUCCAAAAAUGUGGCAUGUACGAAUGGCAACUGAAAAAUUAAGUAGUCAUUUGACAUUCGCGUCAGUUAUAAUCAAUUUAAAAUCUGGCACAUAUGCGCAUCGAUUCCAGUUGUCAAUAGCACGUCAACACAACAAUAUGGAAUUAUCAAGAUGGAUAUCAACUAAUUAUUUGCAAUACUAAUGAGAUACCGGAUCCCAAACCAAUGGUGCACAUGGGCUCCAGUAUCCUGAAGGAACAAAUGGCGUAUGAACCAAUCGUUGGUCACCGGCUACCAUGGGACUGCAUCUCCUCACGAUGCCCCACUGCCUUGUGGAUCAGACGUUCAGGUCGAAGGCUCGGGGUGUGGCCCCCUAAGAAAACCACCUGCUUCGGUUUGGGAACCCGGGCAGUAUCACAGCCCUCACACAUAUCAAUUGAGGUUUGUGUGGCGCAUAUGGAUUUGGUCCCUCUUUGUACCAAUACCUAUGUGUUAAAAUAAAUAAUAAUAAAUAAAUACUGGAGGCAAACAUUAAGUUCUUAAUUACUUUACAAGUUUAUUACUCGUCAAUUCAAAUGAAACUACAUGUUCU